AUGAGCUCAGACUGGGGUUAUGAAGCACAUAAUGGGCCUGACCAUUGGCAUAAAAGUUAUCCCAUUGCCCAAGGAAACUUCCAGUCUCCAAUAGAUAUUAAGAGCAAGGAAGCAAAGUUUGAUGCAUCCUUGAAGUCUCUUAGUAUCAACUACAGUCCAGCUUCUAUUAAAUCUAUCAUCAAUAUUGGGCACUCUUUCCAUGCCGUUUCUGAAGAUACCGCAGAUGUCUCGGUGGUUAAAGGAGGCCCACUCAAAGCAACCUACAGGCUAAACCAGUUUCACUUCCACUGGGGCCCGACCAAUGAGUUUGGAUCAGAACACACUGUGGAUGGGAAGGCAUAUUCAGCCGAGCUGCACCUUGUCCACUGGAACGCAGAAAAAUACCCCAGUUUUGCUGAGGCCUGUAAAAAUCUUGAUGGAUGUGCUGUGCUGACUGUUUUCUUACAGGUUGGUAGUGCUCAUUCUGGUCUACAGAAGGUGGUGGAUGCACUAAGCCAUAUUAAAACAAAGGGCAAACAAGCAGCUUUUACCAACUUUGAUCCAUCUACCUUGCUUCCUACAUCCAAAGACUACUGGAGUUACCUUGGAUCCUUGACCCACCCACCACUGAAUGAGUGUGUUACCUGGAUUAUAUUUAAAGAGCCAAUAAAUAUCAGCCCCGAUCAGUUGAACCAGUUCCGUGGUCUUCUCUCAUUGGCUGAUGGAGAAAAAGCAACUCCGAUCCUGGACAACCACCGCCCAACUCAACCACUGAAGGGCAGAGAAAUCCGAGCUUCUUUCUCAUGAACAUGAAACAAUCCACAGCAUAACUGGUUACAUUCAUCUCAUCUAGUGCAGCGCAAAUGCAAUGGUGUUGUCCAGUAUCACUGGGUACAUUUGGCAGACAUCUUUCUGCAGCAACUAGGAAAAUUAAAGAAAAUAGGUUGCUGGUUUCUAUGGAAAAAACCUCUCUUCAUCUUUGCAUUGAGUAACUGAUGUUAUCAUUUAUUAUGUAGCUCCGGAGUUGUUUGCUCAUAAAAAAAAAAAAA